UCCCCUCGUUCCAUUCCCAUCCUUGCUCGAUUCGGCAGCGCCUCCUCCUCUGUUCUGAAUCCUCUGUUCGAUCCCUAACCCUAACCCUAAGGCGACGGCGCCGUUGCCCGCAGCCUCUCCCUUCACCGACGGCGCCGUUGCCCGCGGCCUCUCCCUUCACCGACGGCGCCAUCUCGUCCGAGUCCGAGCUGGAGGAGCACGUGUACAUCGGGGAGGAAGCAGGGCCAGCACGCCGUGGGGAGGCAGCAAGGCCAGCACGCCGUGGGGAGGCAGCAAGGCCAGCACGCCGUCGGUCCGUCCUUCCCUGGUUCCUCACCGAGCGCCACGAAGAGGAAGAGAUAUUAUGUGCUGUUUUUUGUGCACACAUCCGUUGUUGUGCACACAUCCUCAACUUGGUCGUGCAAGAUGGGACAGCGAUCUUAGAUAAUUUGAUAAACAACUUGAAAGAGACGGUGAAGUACUUCAAGAGGUCACCUUCUCGUCUCCAUGCUUUUGUUGCCACUUGCAAAAGCUUGGGUGUCAAAGUUGGUAAUCAUUUACACUUGGAUUGUAAAACAAGGUGGAGUUCAACCUUUAAGAUGAUUAGCACUGCCCGUGGAUAUAAGGAAGCCUUGACCUCUCAUGCUGGUUCGAAUGCCAACUAUGCUUGGGCGCCGACAAACGCAGAGUGGGACAUGUAUGACCUUAUCUCUCCAUUACUUGAGAGUUUGGCUGAGGUGACAAAAGCAUUUUCAGGAAGCUUAUAUCCCACUUCGAACAUCUUCUACCCAUACAUUGUUGGUGUCAAGCUUGCAAUCAAACAUGCAAUGGCUAGUGACAGUGACCACUACAAGGAAAUGGGUGAAGCAAUGUUGGAGAAGUUUGACAAAUAUUGGGAAGAAAAGAAUAAUGCCAUGGUGAUCGCAACCAUCUUUGAUCCUAGGUACAAGAUGGGUUACAUAGAGUGGGACUUUGGAGAACUAUAUGGAGAAGGAAGUACGAGGUUUAGGAUUGAGAUCAAAACUGUGGAGAAAGAGUUGGCAGCCUUGUAUGACAAAUGUGUUGCUCAAAAUAAGCGAGCUGGAAAUGGAGAAAGCUCAUCUUCCUCUACAAACAUUCCUAGUAUCCCGGUUCAAGCUGGGUACGAGUCCUUCUUAUCGUCCCGUUUAACAAGAAUAUCAAAGAGUGAGUUCAGGAACUACUUAGAGGAUGAGGUUGCCCCUCGCAACAAGGCUCUUGAUCUUCUUGGUUGGUGGAAAGAGAAUGCUCCAAGGUACCCAAUGUUGGCCAAGAUAGCCAAGAGGUUCAUUACUAUCCCGGCUACCUCCAUGUCUUCGGAAUCUACCUUCAGCACGACCGGAAGGAUUUUAGAUGACUAUAGGAGUUCGUUAAAACCGGUUAUGGUGGAGGCAUUAGUUUGUGGUGCAAGUUAUAUCAAGGGUGCUCAUGUUGACUUGAAUCUGGUGCCGAGGGAUGAGAAUGAAGAGGAUGAUGUUGAUAACAUCAAGUUACCCACUGUGGUGGAGGAGAUCAACGAUUGACAUUCAUCAUGUGGAUGUUGAUCUUGCUAUUUUGGAGAUGAAUGUCAAAGUGAUCUUUCUCAUGUGAAGGCUACUUUUGCAUUUCUGUUAUGUUUGUCAUGAACUAUGAAUUGUCACUGCUAGCUUGGAGAUGAACCUCUCAUUUGAGUUAUGUUCAACUUGUCAAUUGCCAUGGACUUGGAAUUGUUAUUGCAAGUUUGUAAUCGUGUCGUUCAAUGAUGAUAAGACCUUAUGUUUGUGGAUGUGAUAUUUGUGCUUAACCUGAUUUGUGCCAUCUUUCGUGUCAAAAUCAGUUUGUGGA